AUGGUGGGUCCACGUCCACACCAUAUGCUUCAGACUGUUAGCAAGAAGCUGCUUCACUGUUUCAAGCAUGAAAAAAUAGUAGAGGAGGAUGGUCCCAAAGAGGGUAGAAUGAACAACAUUUGUUCACCUAAGGCAUUCAUUGUACUUGUUGUUUUAUUGAAAAUUUGCCAUGCCCAAAACUGCUUUGGAGGAAUCGAAUCCUUUGAGAAGACGACUGGCACUGCUUUUGGACCAUCCGUUGGAACUUCUGUUCUGUUGCAGCAGCAAGAUCAGGCUUUGACUCGUGACUGUAUAAAUCUGUGCAAACAGCAAUCGCAGUGUCUGUCUUUCUCGUUGGAUUACGCUGGAUUUCGGUGCAGUUCCUACAAUGUCAAUUCGGUCGGAAGAAGAGACGCUUUGGAGAUUCGCCUAAAUAACAAUUAUUUCGAGAAAACGUGCUUCCAUGGAGUUCAAAGAUCUCUUUUCGAAAAUCUGUGCGGGGACCGCUUAUGGGCAUUCGAAAGGGUGCGUGAUGCUUUCUUGAAUGGCUACGUAGAGAAGGAAGUACAGAACGUCCAGACGAAGGAGGAAUGCGAGCGACUCUGUCUCACAGAGGUGUCAUUCAUCUGCCGAUCUGCCGAUUACGAUGAAGUCAUGAGAGUGUGUCGCAUGAGCAAGGAAGACAGACGAUCUCAACCGCAAGCUUUUCGAGAGAUAGUUGGCAGCAACAGAGAUUAUUUGGAAAACCAGUGCGCAGCCUCAGCUCCAACAUCUUGUCGUUAUGACAUCAGGCCUGGGCUUUCCAUCAUUUCUAUGGACUCUUUGCAAUUUGCAUCAUCAUCUGACGAUUGCCAAAUACAAUGCGACAGCGAAGCUACAUUCAAUUGCAGAGCAUACACCUACACCAGCAACAGGUGCUUCUUAAGUGGAGAUGACUCUGUGAGUCUUGGUCCAAUUGUUCUGCCAGAAAAACCUGGUUCAACAUAUGGAGAGAAGAAAUGUGUGUUGGAACAAUGCACUGGUGGAGCUUUUACGUAUGAGAAGAUGACCGGCUUUGUGCUCCGAUCAGCUGUGCAAAACUCGAUCAUGGUAAGUAAUCCAGGGAGCUUAGGCAACACGCUCGAGUGCCAAGAACAUUGCCAGAGGGAUGGGCUGGACUGUCCGGCGUUUGCUGUCAACUACCAGAACAUGAGAUGUGAUAAGCUGGAUCGGAACUCCCAAGGAAGGACACAGGAUCUGAUACCGAGAGAUGGGGAGAAUUACUUUGAAAAAAUCUGCUUGAGAGGACCAGUGGCAACAGCUUGUAAGGACAAAGCUUGGGCAUUUGAACGUGUUCUGGGACAUGAAUUAGAAGCACAAUUGUAUGAUCGUUCCGUACCUUUUGUGCAAAGUCGAAGAGAUUGCGAAGAACUGUGCUUGGAAGAACGAAGUUUUACCUGUAGGUCCGCUCUGUACAAUGACGAUACCACGGAAUGCAAACUAAGCAGAGAAGACAGAAGAACGCUUCCGUCUUUCUACAGGAGGACCAAUAACAUGAAAGUCAAUUAUCUGGAAAAUCAAUGUUUGCCAGUUUUAGAUUCGUGCCCGUACGAAGAAACUACUGAUUCAUAUCCAACCUAUACGGAUCACAUACAGAUGGUUGGAAUUACAUCAAGUGAAGUUUGUGAACAAUUCUGCACGCAGUAUCGAAGCUUCAACUGCAGAUCCUAUGCCUACUACUCGAGCAAUGGACAGUGUUUCUUGAGCGGAGAUGACCGGGCCAGUGGUGGAAGUGGGGCUGUGCAGGGGAGGCCAGGCUUGGUGUACAACGAAAGGAAAUGUCCUGCUAUAACACCACCCACCGAAAUGCCUACUACACCAACAACAGAUUUGCCCCCACCAAUUUAUUUAGGCUGCUCCAAGCAGUGGAUGUUUGAUCGAUACGUCGACAAAGAGUUGAGGGGAGUACAAGCUAGAGAUGUCAUCAGGCUGGUUUCUAGGACCAAUUGCGAGAGACGUUGUUUAGAGGAGAAACGGUUUGUUUGUCGUUCGGCCAACUAUUACAAGUACAACCAAGAGUGUCGUCUGUUUUCAGAAGAACAAAGCUUUCCACAUACGCAACUCACGUAUGCGGGUGGAGUGGAUUAUCUGGAGAAUCAAUGCAAUAUAGAGAGGGAUUUAUUCAUGGUUUACACAAGUAAAGCUAUUCCAGGCAUUAGCAACUUCGAGCUCUGCCGUCAACUUUGCAUGAAAGAACAGGAUUUCAACUGCCGUUCGUACAGUUAUCUUGAGCAAGGUGGCAUAAACGAUUUAUGCUUACUGAGUCCAGAAAAUCGACAGACAGGGCAUGCCAAGGCUAUAAGGUACAGAUUGCGCUCCUUGUACGAAGAAGUGGAGUGUCGUGGACAGAUUCAAGGUACAACACUGACGCCAGGAACUACUGCAUCUAAGGGGACUACUCACACACAUCCGCCACCACCUACAGUACCUACUCGACCUCCUAAACCACCCCCCCCACCACCACCUCCACCUCCACCACCGACUCCCCCACCAAUUUCUCGGUGCACUUUCGAUCAAUACACCUAUGAAAAAGUCAUCAAUUAUAACAUCAGAUUUGGUCGAAAGGAGAGGUUAAUAACAAGACAUCCCAUUGGCGUUGUGACAGAGUGCCAGAGUCACUGUCAGCGACUAGGAGAACGAUGCAAAGGUUUCAUCAUUGAGUACUCCAAGUAUCAGCAACUCUGCUUUUGGCUGGAUGCUUACUCAAGUGCUCCUGAUAACACCAUCUCGCCUGCUCAAGAUACAGCUUAUUUUGAGAAAGUUUGCUUGACGGCUCCAACUUGCAAUAAACUAUGGACCUUCGAACGGAUGCCUGGAUAUGACUUUCACGAUGCACCUGAUUAUGAAAUUCCGGCUGUGGCUCGCAGAUCCGAUUGUGAAGAUCUUUGCCUGAGGAACAUCCCUCCUUGCAAAUCAGCUACUUACGAUACAUUCCGAAGAAUCUGCAGGAUAUUUUCUGCUGAUAGAAGAACGAAACCUCAUGUAUUUUCAAGGCAUUUACCUGAGAUGGAAUACCUGGAGAACCAAUGUGCUUCUGAACCUGCCACUUGCGACUACAGGACCAUUCCGGAUCGCUUCUUCCCGUACAUCGACAGGCUCUCGAGGGCCUACAGCCUAGCAGACUGUCAGCGACAGUGUGACUUGGAGGACAAGUUUGUUUGCCGUUCCCUCAACUUCGAGACGGUCGUCCGAGAUUGUGCACUCAGCAGCGACGACAUGAUUAGUGUGCAGCCGACGCCUGACGGACUUCUGCCGAGGCCCAGCUCGAUAUAUAGCGAGAAAGGAACGUGCGAGCAAGUUAGCGUUCAGUGCAACCAACAAGAUAUGCUGCUCACAGUUCAUUUUGGACAUCCAUUUCAUGGUAGGGUGUAUGCAAAAGGAAACCCAACAGCUUGCUAUAUGGUGGGUACUGGACAAACCACUCUACUUUUUGCAAUAUCCCUGGGAUCUAGAUGCGGCACUCUUCUAGAAGGAUCUGGAAGAUAUGCCAAUGAGGUAGUGAUUCAACAACAUCCAGUUAUAGUGACGAAUAUUGAUAAAACUAUUAAGGUUGUUUGUUCCUUCGAAACUUUAGACAGGACGGUAACCUUGGGAACUAUGUUUCCUGAACAGGCACCUGGUCUUGACGUUACGACUAGGUUCCCCCCACCAGUGACGGCCAUCGUGACGAACACUGCGCCUCCUCCUAAUGUUGUGAUGCGGGUUCUGGACAGGACUGGACGCGACGCUGGAGUCGUCGGGCUUGGAGAUGAACUCAUGCUGCGGAUAGAACUCAAAGACCAAGCCAGCAAUUUAGCAAUAUUUGCCCGCAACCUAUAUGCGCGCAGCAAGAACGGAGAGUCUCUUUUCUUGAUAGACAGCACUGGAUGCCCUACAGACCCAAGUAUCUUUCCAGCUUUGAACCUAGACGCCCGAGACAGGAAAUCCCUUUUCGCCAAUUUCAAAGCUUUCCGCUUUCCUUCUACAGGCCUCGUCAACUUCGAAGUACAAAUCCGUUUCUGCCAAGACCAAUGUAAAACGGUGCGCUGUUCUAACAACGUAGAAUCCUAUGGAAGGAAAAAGAGAGAUAUUGACAAUUUGCCAAGUGAUCAGUUCGACCGCUUCGCCAUUCAUGGUGGAACUUCAAGAGAUGCUGUCAGCAGGAAGCCAUUUAGGACUACUGCUCAACAGCAGCGGAGACUAACUCCUGACAGAUACUAUGCUUACAAUUCAAGUCCACCAGCUAAGAAGCAAAAUGAAAGUGCAACUCGGCGGUCACAGAAACCGUCCCCAUUGAACACAGGACCAACACCUCCAUCUUCACUUACCACGCCGGAACUGAUUAUUUCGACAAUGGUUCCUGUGCCGGAUGAACUGCCCUUGCACCUUGCAAUAAUGGUUGGUGAAGAUCCUGGAGUUGAUGUCUCCAACUGGAAAACAAACACGAAAAAUAUUAAUCCUACAGAAGCUGCUCAGGAUAUCGACACAGUUGGACUCAUAUGUACGUCUGUGACAACAAUUGCAGCCACAGCAGUGACAUUGUCCUUGGUGCAUGUUCUUGGCUUGGUGGGAGCUUUUUGCUGCUACAAAUGGCACAGAAAGAGUAAACGGAAAAAGCUUUUGCAGAUGACUUUAAACAUGCCUCCCAAUCCUACAACUAUGAGGAGGACUGGAGGAUCUGCUGCAGGACGUCGACAAGAAGAAAUGUUUUACGCCAAACCUGAUGUCUCAUUCAGGAAUGUGUACGGAUCAUACGAAUCACCGCCGUGA